ACUUUUCUUUACAGUGACGUGACUCCUAGCAUGACGGCUAUCAGCGUAGAAAAAACACGUAAAUUAACACACGUCUUUAUUUUCGAUCGCCUGUCGAGUAUUUAAUUGAAAUUGAUGCGGCGAAGUUAUUUUUAAAUCUGACGUGGACACCCUUCUCCACUUCCCCUGCCCCCAACAACAGCUGAGGACUGAAGGCGUGAAUCUGGAAUGCCCGAGGGGAUGGAUCCUCUGGGUGCUCGCUCCCAGUUUGUGGACAUCCAAACCCUCCCCACGUGGCAGCAGCUGGAAGAGGAUGGCGAGCACAUUCCGCAGGAUCUGAGUGACAACCUGCUCAGCCAGCAGUCCUUUCCAUCGCCCUUCCCCUUCAGACCCGACAUCAACUGCAAAAUCAUCCUCUUCACCGGUGACGUAGCACUGUUGAACUGCACCGCUAUCACCAACACCAGCAAUGAAGUGCUCAACGACAAGAACCCUGUAUCAGAGCGCAUCCAUCAGCUGGCGGGCCCCGAGCUGAAAGACGAGCUGCUCAAACUUAAAGGAUGUCGCACGGGAGAGGCGAAGCUUACAAAAGGAUUCAACCUGGCAGCGAGGUUCAUCAUCCACACAGUGGGACCAAAGUACAAAGCCAAGUACAGAACAGCAGCAGAGAGCUCACUGUACAGCUGCUACAGGAACAUCUUGCAGCUGGCCACGGAACAGUCGAUGGCAUCUGUUGGCAUCAGCGUAGUGAGCACAGCCAAACGAGGAUACCCACUGGAGGACGCCGCACACAUCGCAUUCAGAACAGUCCGCAGGUUCCUGGAAAAGCAUGGAAGCAGCAUCGAGGCAGUGGUGUUUGCUGUGUCAGACACUGAGGAGGCGGUGUAUAGGAAAUUGCUGCCGCUCUACUUUCCGCGCUCCGAGGAGGAGGAGAGGGUGUGCCUGCCACUCGUGCCAGCCGAUAUCGGCAACUCGGAGGGCGAGCCUGUCAUCCCCGAGAGGCAAAUCCGCAUCUCUGAAAAACCGGGAAGCUUGGAAGAUGAUUCGGAGGAAGACAAUCUGGAGUCAGAUCUAGGCCAAGUGGGCCAUCACGCCUUUGCUCGAAUGGAGGGUGACGUCGACAAGCAACGCAAGCUGAUUCUACAGGGUCACAUGUCAGAGGCAGCCGUGCAAAAGCAGCACCAAAGGAACUACAACCGCUGGUUGUGCCAAGCCAGAGCAGAGGACCUCUCCGACAUCGCUGCCCUGAAAGCAUUAUAUCAGACAGGUGUGGACAUGUGUGGCAGGACAGUGAUGGUUGUGGUGGGAAGAAACAUUCCAGUGACCCUUAUUGACCUUGAGAAGGCCUUGCUGUAUUUCAUUCAUGUGAUGGACCACAUUGCUGUUAAGGAGUAUGUGAUGGUCUACUUCCACACGCUGACGGGAGAACACAACCACUUGAACACGGAAUUCCUCAAAAACCUCCAUGACAUCGUUGACGUCAAGUUUAAGAAGAAUUUAAAGGCCUUCUACUUUGUACAUCCGACAUUUCGCUCAAAGGUGUCAACUUGGUUCUUCACCACCUUCAGCGUGUCCGGCAUGAAGGACAAAGUGCGUUACCUUGACAACCUGCAGCAGCUCUUCACCUGCAUCAGGCCGGAGCAGAUUGACAUCCCGCCUUUUGUGCUGGACUACGAUGCACGGUUGAACGGACGUUCCCAGUCGUCUGGCCCAUGAGAGCCGACCCAUUACGCUCUGUCAGGUCGGAAACCAUUUAUAAACAUUUUGUGGUCGACAGCGGACUCUUUCCAUACCCGGAAUGUCCAACGACUCAAAGUUACGUGACGCGGUGAUGGUCAUUAUGCAGGUAGAAGACGUCUGACGCUAAAUGACAUCGAGAAAAUGUCAUACCAGGUUUAAGUUGGAAUCGAUCUACCACAAGGUAGCACUGAAUGUUUUUAUUUUAAAAUCGACUAUCAAAAGCUUUACUUUCAUGCCAUUCAAAGUACUUCUGUUGCAAUCGGUACUGUUCACACUUGAAGAUUCAUUUUCGAGCACAUUAUCAUUUCAAAAUCAAUCAU